AUGGCAUCUCAAACAUCAUCUGAUUCUGGCGCUAAACUCAAUCUGCUGUUCAUCCGCCAUGGCGAAACCCAAGACAACAUCGACAGAAUCCUUCAAGGCCACCGCGAUACAUCUUUGACCACCAAAGGCCUAGAAGAAGCCAAAGUCCUUGCUCAAAACCUAGAGGCAGAAGAAAUCGAUAUCAUCUACCACUCUCCUUUAACACGAAUGCUCCAAACCAUCGAACCAAUCCUCUCCUCUCGCCCUAACUUAGAGCACAUUCCCGAUCCAGACUUGCGAGGGCAGAGUCUCGGCACCUUGGAAGGACAGAGCUACGACAAGCUCAACAUGUCCUCACCGCGAAGCGCAGAGGAACAAUUCCCCAAUGUCGGCGUGGAACGCUUCGAAGAUUUCGUCAAAAGAUUAAAGAAAAGUCUGGGCAAGAUCAUUGGAAUUGAAGCUCUCAAAAUGCUGUCGUCGGAUCGAAAAGGGAGGAGAACAGUCGCUAUCGCUACGCAUGGUGUUUGUAUCACUUCAUUUUUCAGGGCUUUGCUCAAUCGAGAGCCAUGCGAUGGAUUCAAUGGUGUGUUGGCUGAGCAAGGUCCUGAAGCGUAUGAGGUUAGAUGGACGGAUAGUGAUGACGUGGCGAGGGUUGAGGUUAGAGGUGUUGAGACUUUGCCGAUUAGGAAUGGGGAGUUGGAAUGGGAGAAGUUAGAGGGCGUGGAGCCUAGGAGAUUCUUCAUUGAGAGAUGGGGAAAGAGGGAGAAGGCCGAGUAG